AGAAAGAGGCCUAAGGAGACUUCUUCUAAAGCAAAGACUAUACGAAUACCCUUUAGUAAUCAGGCUAUAAAGACACUCUCGAUUCCUAUAAUUACGGAUAGAUAUAACUAUUAUAUGGGAGCAGUUAACGAGUUUAAUUACCUGACUGCCCAGAAUACUGGUUUACGGUACGUAGAGCGAAGAGGGCACCAAGUAUUAGAAUACUGGCUACUUUAUACGGUUCUAAUCAAUUACUAUUUACUAGCUUUAUAUAGUAAUAUCCCUGAACCUAGGGAAAUCAGCUUCAGAAGCCAGCAGGAUUUCAGGAGCUAG